AUGUAUGCAGUACUAGCCAAACGUCAUCUCCUUAGGCCCUCCACGGCCCGAAUCACCCAGUUAUCACAGGCCUCCGUCCACAAUAAAGCCACCACAUAUACGAAAGUCGAAGAAGAAUUCUUCGUUAACACUACAUUCCCUGAUGACUUCGAAAACUCGUCAUUGCUGAAGCAGGAGUUAGAGCAGAGGAAGGCUGAAGCUGACGCUGCUACUGGCCCAUGGGAUAAUGCUACCGUUGAGGCUCAUAAGAAGGAUAUCUUCGAAAGUCUCUAUAAUCGUGAGGCGGCAGGUGGCAAAGGUGGUGCUAAAACCUCGAAGAAAAAGACUGAGCCUGAGGCGGAGAGGGCUCCUGAGUUGGAUGAAAUGUGA